CGUCGAGAGGGGAGAUGGAGAGGGGCGACGAUGCGCCGGGGAAGAAGGCGAGGAAGCCCUACACCAUUACCAAGCCCCGGGAGCCAUGGAGCGCCGAGGAGCACGGCCGGUUCCUCGACGCGCUGCUCAUGUUCGGCCGCGACUGGAAGAAGAUCGAGGAGCAUGUCCGCACCAAGACCACCAUACAGAUACGGAGCCACGCGCAGAAGUACUUCAUCAAGGUCCAGAAGCUCGGCCUGGCCGCCGGGCUGCCGCCGGCGCACCCGCGCCGCCGGUUCGCCAUGGAGCUGCAGAGCUCGGCGGCCGGGAGCAGCGCGGCCGCCGUGCCGAUGCUGCACGGGGAGCCCCACGGCGCGCCGGUCGCCGUGCCAGGUCCGCCCGACGCCGUUGCUCACGGCUGCAUCGGUUGGAACAGCCCCGGAGGUCUCCCUGCAGCUGCAGGCGGCAGCAGUAGUGAGAUGCGAGGGUUGGACUGGGCAGGCGCUUCAGCUUCAGGGAUUCCAGCAUGGCUGAACAGUGACGCACAGAGCCAGAUUGCACCACCUACAAUACUUCCCGGUGGCAGCCAGUUCGUUGGGACUCCAAGCUUCAGCAGCACGAGCAUGGUUUGGGCUGGCAGCAGCAGAAGCGGAGGAUCGGCAAUUGAUUCUGCGCAGGACGAAGAUGAACAGAUUGAGCUUCCAUUGUCGCCGGAUGAUCUGCAUUUCGCGCAAGUGUACAGGUUCGUUGGCGACGUAUUCGACCCGAACACGCCGAUCCCAGUUGAAGCCCAUCUGCAGAAGCUCAGGGACAUGGAUGACAUCACCGUCAAGACGAUCUUGCUGGUGCUGAGAAAUCUGGAGAACAACCUGUCAGCCCCUCAGUUUGAGCCCAUCAGAAGGUUGCUGUCGAGUGUCGACGUAUGAUCCGAGAAGAGGGCUGUUUGGCCAAUUGUAGAGUGCAUAAGGUACAGGCAUACAGCAUGAAAAAUAAAAACUGCAACUAACACAUAUGAUGGACGUUCAGGCGUUCCAACCAAAAGAGAGAAGACUGAAGCGCACAAAAAUGGUUAAACACCAACAUGCCCUCUAGUCUGGCUGACACAUAUAUUAGCAGAUUCUAAUUUUCUCGGGGUCACGUACCAUAGCUUAAUAAUAGUCGUAUGUAAAAGGCUCUGCUUUUUAACAUGUACACCUACAUCACGGUCU